AUGGCCUUUCAUCAAUUUAGCCGCUUUCCCCGUGAAAUACGGGAGGCAAUAUGGCAGCACACAGUCUACUACGAAUCCGAAGUCUGCCUCUGCUGGCCGUCCAACACAUGCAGAGGCUAUCCUGAAGGUGCAGGUGCCAACUCACUUAAUCACUCUCCGCAACUGCCCUUGACUGUCGAUACGGCAUAUCCUGUAGCAAUGCACGUGUGUCAUGAGUCGCGUGUCACCGUGCAACGCCCUAGUAGUGGCAUACGUUUUCGAGCAUCGCAGGCUGCCGGCUGCCCUACGCCAUUCAGACGAUAUUUACCUGAGCUUGACAUCCUCUAUUUCAGCGAAGGCGCGGCAUCUGUGUUGCGUAUUGGGGAACGACUAUCUAAAGCGGCCCGAACAGUGCAACAAAAGCUGGUGGAUGCAGCCUGGCAUGACAUUCUCAAGAAAGCCAAGUGGAUUGCUUUAGAGGGUCGGUGGUUCACAUUCCACUAUUGGGACCUCCAAAUGCUAAUGGAGACUGAUGACUGGUGGGAUGACAAUCAUGUCCGUACCGAAAGAUCCCACGAGCUACAGAAGCGGCUAUCCUUCGUCAUGGCCGGUUCGACGCCAAUGGAGCCUAGCCCUCGGCACUUUGAGAGAUUCAAAGCACCUGGGAGGCGGUGCAAGCUUGUAAAUCUGACGGCUGAAGAAGUGGCGAAAAUCAGGGUAAUUAUUGAUCCUAACGGUGGUGCGCUCGAUAUUGGUCCACAAGAGCUAUCAGUCGCCAUUGACCUUACUCGCAAGUACAUCUUUCACGGCGGCACGUGGGAAGAAGGGGAUCCUAUUUGGUGGCGCGAUGAUGACCUCGAGAUUGUCUCCCAGACAUUUGUAGAAUACCAGACGGAUGGCACAUGGAAAGAGGUCUGCCAGCAGCGCAUGUUUUCACGCAAUGAUCUCGAAACUAGUCCUCCUAUUUUGGUGGAAGAUCGACCAGAUCCUGAGGUAAUCAGGGUAAUUGACACGGAGAUUUCAUCGGAGCUUUGGGAAGAACCACCUGUAGUGGGUUGGUUAUAG